AUGGUGAAUAAUAAUGGUGGAAACAAGGUAAGUGAGAUAAUUAAUGCGUUUACGAAUGGAGAUGAUAAACAAAAAGAUGUAGACCAAACAAGAUUGAUGGCAACCAUAACAACCGAAAUUUUCAUGGAAGUUUUGAAGCAUGAUAAAUUUGAAGAUAUAAAAAAGGUAUUUUUUAAGAAAUUCUUUGAGAUUGAUUCUGAAAAGAUUAUUGUAGACAUUAAUAAAGAGUGGAUUGAAUCAGAUAAAUAUAUAGAAAACGACAACUAUAAUGCACUAAAUAUUCUUUUUAAAUGUAUUGCAGAUCCUAAUCUUUAUUCUGAACUUAAACCUAAGUUUAAUAAGAUUUAUGAAUAUGGCAUCAAUAUCUUUGAUUCAUUUGUGGGUAAAGAAAUAGAAAGGUUGGAGAAAGAUAAAGAUGCUGAAAAUGUUGAAUCGAUAAUAAAUAAAGAUGCAUGGUGUAUUUUGUCUGUUGAAAAACAUAAAUUAAUUAAACAUAAUGUAAGUAAGACAUUGUGA